AUGCCGAAACCCUCGAAAAAGAGGCGAUUUCGUGGCCAAAGAUGGGAUGGUUCUGUACCUGUUUCAAAUUCAAACAACAGCAAUCUUUCAUCUCCAUGUGCGUCUACACCAGCGAUUGAAACAGCUUCAAUGCGAAAGAUUACCAGUCAAAAUACUGAAAGAAGCGAAGAUGUCGAUGGUGCAUACAGCUAUAGACUGAUCGAAUUGUCAAAUUUAGUAAGUGCUUUUCAGCCUUUACACGAAUGUGAAUUUGGAGGAGAGUUGAAAGUUGGUGAUGACGAGGCUCGUAGGUAUGGAAAUAGCUCGGUUAUCAACAUAGAAUGCUCUAAAUGCGAAGUCAAGAUUGAGCUUCAAACGUCUGGAAACAAGAGCCAGGCAUGGAAACCUCAAAAUGCCAUGGACACCAAUAGGCGAAUGGUUUACUCCUCAAUGGAAAUGGGAGUAGGAAGAGAGGGAAUGUCUGUGUUGUGCGACGUUUUCAAUAUGCCUCCUCCUUGUCAUCAUAAAGCUUGGGACAACCAUGUGGCUGCACUGUAUGAGGCACACAAACAAGCUGUUGCAGAACAGUUACAGAAGGCAAGAGAUAAAGUUUUUGCACGCCAUAGUUCUGACGAAACAGAUGUUGCAGAGAUCGCAGUUAGUUAUGAUGGCACAUGGUCGAAACGGGGAUAUACAGCAAAUUUCGGGGUUGGUUUUGUUAUCUCUGUUGAGACCGGUGAGGUACUUGACUUUGAUUUUGAGUCGAAGUUGUGCAAAGAGUGCGAAACUACAAAAAGAGACCUGGGUGAAGAUUCAUGUGAGUUUGACAUCUGGUAUGGUGGUCAUAAAGAUCAGUGCACUCAAACUCACACUGGUUCAAGUGGAUCUAUGGAGUGCUCAAUAGCCAAAAAGAUAUGGGACAGGUCUAAGGACAGAAAUUUACAAUACAAAUUUAUGAUCUGUGAUGGGGAUAGUAAGGCAUAUGGAAGUAUCUGGGAUACCUAUGGCUGCUGUGAUGAUUGCGAGAAAUGGGAGAAGAUGGACAAGCGUUCAGCUGAGUACAAGAAAUGGCGUGAGUCGAAGGCUUAUGAGGUGUGGAAGGAAAGUCAUGAGAGUGGAAAGGCUGAGUGUGCAAGAGUUUCUAAGUUGGAUUGCAUUGGCCACGUCCAAAAAAGAAUGGGAACUCACUUGCGGGAACUGAGGAAAAGUAAACCAAAGUUGGAUGAUGGAAAGUCAGUGAAAGGCAGCAAACACCGACUUACAGAUAAAACCAUGGAUAAGCUGCAAACCUAUUAUGGAAAUGCAAUCAGGGCGAAUGUCAAACCAGGUAAAUUGACUCCUGAAGAACAAAAGGAACAAAUAACAAUAAUGCAAAGAGCUAUUAUGGCAGUUCUCUAUCACACAUGUGAACUCAAUAACAAAGAGCGACACAAAUACUGUCCACCGGGACCAGAUAGCUGGUGCUCAUAUAAAAGGGAUGGUACACUUCAGAGGAAAGAUCAUCAUUUAGAUCCUGUGUUUUUAAAUUUUCUUCUUCCAGAAUUCAAACGCCUCAGUGAGUAUUCUCUUUUGCUUCGUUGUCUUCCUGGGUAUUCACAGAAUGCAAACGAAAGCCUCAACGGCCUUGUUUGGAACCGUGCUCCUAAACACCGGUAUAAAGGUGCUCAUGUUGUGGAAACUGCUGUCAUGUCUGCUAUCCUUUCAUUCAAUGCUGGUGCUGCCUCAAGGCAGGAUGUUAUGAAAGCAGCAAACAUUCCAGGUGGUGCGUUUACCUUAGAAGGGUGUACAGCCAAAGACGAGAAGAGGAUGUCGCACUCGGUCAGAAAGACAAAGACGAAAGAGAAAGAAAGACGAAGGAAAAUAAGGCAAGCCAAGCUUGCAGCAAACCAAGGUGAAACAUCAUAUGCCAGUGGUAUGUUCAAUGAAGUUGACCCUCUAGACUUUGAUGCUUCAUCAUCUGAUGACGAUGAUGAUGAUGACUAUCCGUUAGCGAGACUUUUGGAUUCUAAUGAAUCUGAGGACAGUGAUGAUGCACCAUUGGCUGAAAUCAUUAGUAGAAAUCAACAAAAGUGA